AUGGAGAGUUUGCAUGCUGUUGUGGAUGGCCGCAGCCGUUGGAGGUGUCAACUUUCCGCCGUUUCUCCUGCUGCUGCUGAAGACGUAAAAGGGAAUGCCAACACCGGAAAAGUUGUUGGAGAAGAAAAUCUCAACACGGUGGAAGUUGACAAGAAAAGGAACAAUGAGGUCUCACUGCCCAGACAAAGCAAUGAAUUAUUGGUGAAUUCAGGUCAACCAGCAACAGAAAGUCAAAAGAAGUUACCGCAUUCUGAAACUGAUCUUGUGCCGCCUCCAAAAGAAACUUCGGAUCAAGGACAACACAGUGGUGAAAAGAGGAAGGAAGAAGAAGAAGCGGAGGAAAAUGAUGGGGAAAGUGAACAUGAAGAAGAGGAUGCAGAAGACACAGAGGAGGAGGAAGAAGAAAGGGAGGAGGUAGAUGGAGGAGGAGAAAAAGAAGAGAAAGAAGAAGAAGGUGCGGGAGAAGGAUGA